AUGCCCGGAAUGACUUACACGAAAGCCCUCGUGGGCUUCGCAGCUUUCGCUGUCCAGGUGAACGCCUUUUGGAAGAUGCCCUGCUCCUCGCCCGUCGUGGUUGAGCGCGCAGACCCCAUCAUCGAUCCCGGUGCUAUUUCCGGACACGUGCAUACCAUCCUGGGUUCCAAUGCCUUCAACUUCACCAUGGACUACGCCUCCACGCAGACGGCGACCUGUUCGACCUGCAAGGCGUUCGAGGACCUGUCAAGCUACUGGGUUCCCACCCUGUACUACCACGCUGAGAACGGCAGCUUCAUCCCCGUCCAGCAAUCCGGAGGUGCCCUGGUUUACUACCUCCAGAGAACCGAUCCAAAAGACCCAAAGCUCGAAGAAGGCCUCCUCGCCUUCCCGAAAGACUUCCGCAUGAUCGCCGGCGACAUGACCCGCCGCAACACCAGCGAGGCGGACGCGCCGAACGGUGAAGCCGCCGCGUCCUUCGUCUGCCUGGGCCUCGACGGGCCCAAGACACCAGAGCUGCCCAAGCAGAACUGCCCCGGUGGCCUGCGAGCCCAGAUCAACUUCCCGUCCUGCUGGAACGGCGUCGACAAGGACUCGCCCGACCACAAGAGCCACGUGGCGUACCCGAGUAGGCUCGACACCGGCUACUGCCCGGACUCGCACCCGCACCGGUUCAUUACCCUCUUCUACGAGGUCAUAUGGAGCGUAGACCCGUUCAAGGACAUGUGGUAUGGCGACGGGCAGCCCUUCGUCUUCUCCUAUGGCGACCCCACCGGCACCGGCUACCACGGCGACUUCGUCAACGGCUGGGACGUCGACGUCCUGCAGACCGCCAUCAACACAUGCAACUCCGCCAGCGGCGUCGUAGAGGAGUGCGGCGCCUUCACGUUCCGCAAGGACGACGACAUGAAAGCCUGCAAGGCGCUCUCGCGCGUCGACGAGCCCAUAACAGGCGUACUAGCCGCCCUCCCUGGCUGCAACCCGGUACAAACCGGCCCAGAAACAGCCCAGUUCGACAGCUCCUGCACCAACGUCGUAAAAGAGAUCGGCGACCCGAUCAUGCCCUACACGGACAUGACGAAGCAGGGCUGGAAGUACGUGGCCUGCGCCAAGGACCCGCAGGGGCAGAGCCGCACGCUGGACGGCGCCACGUCGGCCGACACGAAGGACAUGACGGUCGACAAGUGCAUCAAACUAUGCGGCGACGCCGGCUUCACGUACGCCGGGCUGGAGUACUACACGCAGUGCUUCUGCGGAGACACGCUCGACGCGAGCAGGAUGCCGACGAACGGCACCAUGGGCGACUGCAGCUACCCCUGUUCGGGCGAUCCGACACAGCUGUGUGGUGGCGGCGCGCAGGUCGCCGUGUACACGAAGUGCGCUGGUGGCGAUUGCACGAAUGCGGAUGUUCCGGACUUGUUCUGA